CAGUCAUCACUCAUCACUCGUCAUUUGAUCAUUAUGUCAUUUAUGCAUUGUUUUCAUGUUUUAAUUAAGUUAUACAAAAAUUAAAAAAUCUUCAUAAUUUAUUUGUUGCAAUGGAUCCAAAUAAAACAAAAAACGCGUCAGAAGGCAUUGCUCCAAUGGGCAUAACAACAAUAAAUGAAACAGUUCUCAGUAAUCAACCUGAAUCAAGGUACGAGUGCCCCGUAUGCCUGAAUUGGCUACGAGAUCCAGUUAUAACAACUUGUGGCCACAAAUUUUGUAAAAGUUGCAUUACUUCUUGGUUACAGAACAGCGGUCACUGUCCAAUAGAUAACAUAAAUCUCAGUAUGAAAGUUGAUAUAUUUCCUGACAAUUACACAAAAAGAGAAAUACAAGAACAAAGAAUGUCAUGUCCUUUUGCAGCAAAAGGUUGCUCAGUAAAAGUGACACCACUGGAUCUAGAUUCCCACAUUGCAAUAUGUGAGUUUAACCAACCUGAAGCAUCUUCUCAAUCAAUCAGGGUUCCAUGUUCGUUCCAAGCUGUCGGCUGUAAGGAAACCUUUGACAGCCAAGAAGAUAUGAAUACUCAUUUGCAUAAUGAUAUACAAAAUCAUAUGAGUUUUCUAAUGAAUGCAUAUUCAAAAAUCCAAAUAGAUAGUGACAUAUCAAAUGCUAGCAUUGAUGCAAAAGAACAAGAGGCUAUGAAUCUUUGGGAGGCUCCGGACAAGGACAGUGACCAAAGCACCUCUGCCCCGCUUAGUAAUACUAGCGCCCUUAUAAGGGCAUUGUAUGAAAGAGUUGUGGUAUUAGAACAGAGAAAUCGGGAACAAGAUAUAGUAAUAGCAAACAUGUCAAAGCAGCUAUCAGCAUUCGCAGUGGCGAAAAUGAAACAAAACAACGACAUGCUUCUGCGUUACUGCAUGGGAAAUUAUAUAUGGAAGAUAGAUAAUUUCAAGGCAAGAUUGGACGCAAUGUUAAAGGAUCACUUUAAAAUGUUGUACAGCCCUGGCUUUUAUACAUCACCAAAUGGUUACAGAUUCUGCGUCCGUCUAAACAUAUCCCCUCAAAAUCCCCUCUGCUUUGCACUACACGUACAUCUUAUGAAGACUGAAUAUGACAAUUGCUUGGAAUGGCCCUUCAAUGGCCGUAUUACAUUCGCCAUGAUCAACCAAUACGACCCGGACAUGACACAACGAGACACAAUGAUGUCUAAUUCAAACCUCAUAGCCUUCAAGAAACCGACAACAGAGAUAUGUGUCAGGGGUUUUGGUUAUACGGAGUACGCUGUUGUUAGCGAUGUUGUUAGGAAUGGUUUUGUUAAGGAUGACGCGCUUAUAAUAAAAGUUAAUAUUAGGUGUGUAUGACAUGAGGAGUGAUUUUUUGUUUGUUGUUUUUAUUUGAGUGGGUAAUUGUUGGAUACUUUCGCCAGAUGUUCGGCUAACUCGCCAAGUCUAUCUAAUUGGGAGAUUUUUUGUUGAUAAUAUUGAUUCGUAACGUUAUAAUAAAAAUACCGUUUAAAAAGUGCACGGUUUUACGCAACAAUCCACAUUUAUGGUUUUUACUGCAGUUUUUGAGAUAUAAGGAUCUUUAGUAAAGAGCCUUUCUAACGGACAGUAACAGUUUUGGACUGGCUAAUCUUGAGGCUAGUGUCGUUAAUUGACAACGCACCAAAGAUUAUUUAACUAGCAAUAACGUCUAAACUUAUUUCUAUCCAUUUAUAUAACUAUUUACUAGAUUGGCGAGUUUAGUCGACAUUAUUUUUUUUUACGUACGCGAAUUUGAUACGAAGGCAUUGAUCAAUUAAUCCACCAUUUUUAUAUUAUUGCAAUUUUUAACAAAAUAAUAGUUCUCAUUACGUACAAAGACAUUUUUGUACGACGCAAUAUUAUGAUCAAAUUUUUUUUUUCUUUUAUUUACAUGUACUCUUUAAUUUAUAGAUUUAAGUGAAAUGUAUUAUCGUAACGAUGUCCGUCCUUUAAGACAUUAUUAAAUACUUUAAUGUAUUACUAACUUAAAAUAAGUGUUUUAUUGUUAAUAAAGUUAGUUAAAUUAAAUAGUAAAUAAAAUUUUUCUUAAGAGAUUAUUGCAGAUCUGUUAUAAAGUUUUACCAUUCCUUUAUCAUUCCAAUAUUUUAAAUUUAUUACUAUUGUAUAGUGGAAAGAGAAUGGUGCCUUAUAUAUAUUGUUAUUGAAUUUAUUUUGUUACAUUUUUUAUUGAAAUAAACAAUUUAUCUUAAAAA